AAUCACAAUGCUACACGGAACAAGGCUGGUGGGGGGGGGAAAAAGUUAUGAAGUAUAAUCGGAUCAUGGCCCGUGCGUGUUCCCAUGAAUGUUUUGUUUCGUACAAAAUGUUCAGUGCAUGUUGAGGAGUCGUGCAGUCGCCGAGCGUUGAACACAUGGAUGAACGCCUGGGAAAGAAAAGAGCGCAAUCCUCCCUUGUCUGAGAGGAGGGACAGGUAUGUUUUUCCGUUUCCAAGGACUGCGUUGCUGAUGUCACCGCGGAGGAGGAGGGCACCAGACAAGGACAGGUGCGCGGCGUAAAGUUGCAUAUCCAGUCUGUUUGGAUCGAGCUGCGAAACAAACAGCUGAUACGGUGAUCCGUGUUUUGACUGCAAUUUCAUCAACUUGGCCGACGAAUUCCUGAUUUUUGGGGUGAUCGCGUUUGAAACGAGGAGAACUACCGGGCACUCGCUAAGUGCACUUUGCACGGUUAUAUUGGAGUUCAACCGAGGAAAAAAAAAAAAGCGACGGCCCAGUUGUAUUUCGUGAGUGCACAAGAAGGGGGUGUGGGGUUGAGACACCCCAGUACCCGAAACGACACUUUCCGUCUCUAUGCGACACUGACGCAGCCGGUUGGCCUCGCAUGCAAAGAAGUGAUGCGCAAGUGAUCCAGUGGAGCGACCGACCACCUUCCAUGUGCAAGAGACCACUUAUCAUCGAAGUGGAAUAUGACAUUUGACUUGUACAAUCUGCAAUGAUUCCCCGGUGCGUCACUGCGUCUUAGCACCACCAGCCGCCUUCAAGGACGAUCGUGUUCGGACUGCAAAAAGAGCAUCCAACAAUGUCCAAGACGCUCAAAAAGAAGAAGCAUUGGUCGGCGAAAGUCCAGGAGUGCGCUGUAUCGUGGGGGGGAUCCGGCGACCUGGUCACGGUGGUGGAGGUGCGUGGCGGCGCCGAGCAGGGGGAGUUCCCCUAUCUCGGCCACAUUGCAGCCGAGGCAAUGGUGUGUCACGCCGGAAGACUCCCUGGCAGCGGCGAGGUGCUCCUGGAGGUCAACGGCACCCCGGUGAGCGGACUCACUCACCGGGACACGUUGGCUGUCAUCCGCCACUUCCGAGAGCCCAUCCGCCUGAAGACAGUCAAACCAGGGAAGGUGCUGAAUGCCGAUUUGCAUCACUACCUCAGUCUGCAGUUCCAGAAGGGGUCCCUGGAUCACAAGCUUCAGCAGGUGAUCAGGGACAACUUGUACCUGCGCACUAUUCCCUGUACAACUCGGCAACCCAGAGAGGGGGAAGUUCCUGGAGUGGACUACAACUUCAUCAGUGUGGAAGAGUUCCGUAACCUGGAAGAAUGUGGACUGCUACUAGAGAGUGGAACUUAUGAUGGUAACUACUAUGGAACGCCUAAACCGCCUGCCGAGCCGAGCCCCGUGCAGCCGGACUUGGUGGACCAGGUCUUGUUUGACGAGGAAUUUGACAAUGAAGUCCAACGAAAGCGCACAACCUCAGUCAGCAAGAUGGACAGGAAGGAUAGUGCGGCCCCAGAGGAGGAGGAUGAAGACGAAAGGCCUCCAAUGGUUAACGGUCAAGCUGACCACAACAAGGACAAGGCGGACUGGAGGAAGUCUGUGCCCAGCUACAAUCAGUCGGCUGCGGCCAUGGACCUGCGAGCAUGGAGUGCCAUGGCACAGGAUGAUAGUCAGGAGCCCCUGCCAAAGAACUGGGAAAUGGCCUACACAGAGACUGGCAUGGUCUAUUUUAUAGACCAUAACAGCAAAACCACAACCUGGCUGGACCCGCGACUCGCCAAGAAGGCCAAAGCUCCUGAGAAAUGCGAAGAAGGAGAGUUGCCCUACGGCUGGGAGAGGAUUGAGGACCCCCAGUAUGGCACCUACUACGUAGACCAUAUCAACCAGAAGACUCAAUUCGAGAAUCCAGUCCUUGAAGCAAAGAGGAAGGCGAGCGUCGAGACGCCCUCUGCAACAUCCUCGACAACGGCCACGCCCUCAGAGGAGCCUGCUCACGGAGUGCAACGCUUCACACGAGACCCAUCUCAGCUGCAGGGGUCCGUCUAUCAAACCGCACUUCGAAAAAGCCCCCAGGGCUUCGGCUUCACUAUUAUCGGAGGCGACCGUCCAGACGAGUUUCUCCAGGUCAAAAAUGUCCUUCCUGAUGGGCCUGCUGCACACGACAAGAAAAUUGCCUCUGGUGACGUGAUUGUUGACAUCAAUCGGACAUGUGUGCUGGGGAAGACGCAUGCUGACGUGGUGCAGAUGUUCCAAUCCAUCCCCAUCAACCAGUAUGUCGACAUGGUCCUGUGCCGUGGUUACCCGCUGCCUGAGGAUUCUGGCAGCGGCGAGGACGUGUCCAAGGACUCUUCUCCGGCCGCUUCCAAACCUCAGGACCCGCAACCCGUCGGAACCCUCCCCAGGCAGACUGCUGCGGUACCGCCCAUGACUAACGGAGGGCGUCACCAACACCACCAUUCGCACCAUCACCACCAUCACCCUCCUCAUGUCCACAACCAAGAGUGUGCAGAUGCCACCUUGCUUCAACCCGAGCUCAUCAGCGUGCCUUUAUUGAAAGGCCCUGGGGGUUUUGGUUUUGCUAUUGCUGACUGCCCCCUGGGCCAAAAGGUGAAGAUGAUUCUAGACGCGCAGUGGUGUCGCGGUCUGCUGAAGGGUGAUGUCAUCAAAGAGAUGAACAGACAGAACGUGCAGACGCUGAGUCACUCGCAGGUGGUGGACAUCCUCAAGGACUUGCCCGUAGGAAGUGAAGUCAACGUGCUGGUGCUCCGAGGAGGUCAAACGUCACCUGUGAAAUCAUUGAAACCUUGUACGGCAGCAACAUCUCAGCCCGCUCCUCAGCCGACAUUUCAACCUGCCCCUCAACAGACUCCCCACCACACCCACCAUACUCCCGUCGCACAUAUGCAGCGAGCCGAGCUAAACAACAGCCCCGAGACGCUGGGUCCUGCAGAGGUGCCCCCUAAUCCGCUCUCCAACGUCAUCCGCUCAUCUUCUCCCAAACCAGAUGCUUCGGAGCUGUACAUCAAGUCCAAGGCGAUGUUGGAUAGCCAGCCUUUUUCUGCAGCUGCAAACUCCAAGGACCUGGAUGUAUACAUUAAGAGAAACCAAGAGUCAGGCUUCGGCUUCAGGGUCCUUGGAGGGGAGGGGCCGGAGCAGCCGGUUUACAUCGGAGCCAUUGUCCCGCUGGGUGCAGCUGAGAAGGACGGGCGCCUGCGGGCGGGUGAUGAGCUGCUUUGUAUUGAUGGCGUGCCAGUGAAAAGCAAAUCGCACAAACAAGUACUGGAACUCAUGACCAAUGCGGCGCGCAACGGCCAAGUCAUGCUAACCAUCCGUAGGAAAUUGACACAUUCCGACGGCGGCGGCUGGGACGACGAGGGCUGGCAGCAGCCCCUCCAGGUGGCACCUGCUCUGGUCGGCACCUCUCCUACGACGACCCUUCGAGGAGAGCCGCUGAAGGCGGCCUAUCCCUCCCGACAGGAGCCCUUUGAAGUCACUCUGCAUCGCAAAGACAACGAAGGCUUCGGCUUUGUCAUCCUCACCUCAAAGAACAAGCCCCCUCCAGGAGUAAUACCUCACAAGAUCGGCCGCAUCAUUGAAGGCAGCCCCACUGACCGUUUGGGCCACAUGAAAGUGGGCGACCGAAUCUCUGCUGUGAACGGUCAGUCCAUCAUGGCGCUGUCACACAACGACAUUGUCCAGCUCAUCAAGGAAGCCGGCACUUCGGUUACCCUCACUGUUGUCCCUGAAGACGACAGCAUGCCUCCGUCCACCACCAACUCAGCCAUGCAGAGUCCAUCGGUGCAUCCGAGAGCCGUCGGCCAGCAACCUCCCAGCUAUGCAGACGGCUACAGGAAUGGUGACAUGGGGACGCUCAACACAGCAGGCCUCAAGCAGGACUGUUUUGUGGUGGAGCUGGAUCGUAGCCAGAGGGGUUUCGGCUUCAGUCUGAGGGGAGGUAAAGAGUACAACAUGGGCUUGUUUAUCCUGCGCCUGGCUGAGGACGGGCCUGCAAUUAAAGAUGGAAGGAUACAUGUUGGCGAUCAAAUCGUCGAGAUCAAUGGUGAGGCCACUCAGGGCAUCACUCACACUCGAGCCAUCGAGCUGAUCCAAGCGGGAGGCAAUAAAGUUCAUCUGUUGCUGCGACCUGGCCAGGGUUUGGUUCCUGAUCACAGUUCAAAUGACCACGUAACCAUUCCAACCUCAAGCUUGCCCAAACACUCCGUAAGUGAUGGGCAGUUAUCAUCUCCGACCUCUCCAUCCUCUGUCUCCAUCUCGACCUCGGGAGCGUCCCCAUCCUCACCCCCGGUAACCAUCUUCGAUGAGUUCUCCAGAACAGAGCUACGGUCAGUCGGCUCGCCUGCCGCCGGGAGGGAGCACGCGCGUCAAGCUAACAGAUCAAGAGGACAGCAGGUUUCCACCAAGCGUACCACCAGUCCUGCCACCCACACCAGGAAAACAAGCCGGGGUGACUCCAAAGCUACCAGUCCCAAGAGAGCCACUGAAAGCGCGGCAGACCCUGCCAACAGCUCCCGGAGCCCCAGAAAAGCAGAGCGGGGAUCCUCGGAGGACGUGAUCAGGGAUCGAAAGCAUGAAGGGAAGCGAGACCACCGCUCCUCUAGCCCAAAGAAGAGCUCCAAAAGGGAUCAUGACGCUGGCGUGCCUUUAAAGAACCAGGAGGAGCCGCAAAGCCCACGCCGCCCAGCGGGCCAGCAACCGCCCGGGGAAGGGCGAAGGUACAAGGACGAGGCCGCUGCUCAUUGGCAGGAGAGGGCCGCUACGGAAAGUGAUCACCACAAGAAGGGCAAAAAGGCCGAACACGAGACGGUGGCCCAAAAGUCACACGUGCACAGGGAGGAGCGGUCAGGAUCGGGUGGUGAUACGCUGAACCGCAGGAGUGCAAAAGAGAAGGAGAGUAGGUCGCACAGGUUACCUGAAGAUGGGAGUAAAAAGGACCCCAGGGGGUCCAGCAGUAGCAUCCAGGACCCUGGCUGCAACGGGACCUCCACCAACAAGAAGCCUCCCAUCACACCGGGUCCCUGGAAGGUUCCCAGUCCGAGCAAGAUCCAGUCCCAGGUGGAGACAACAUAGAAAGCAGUCAUGGACGAUGAUUUCUUUGCACCAAGUUUGCCAGGCCUGACGUGUGUUCCCACAUGCAUGCUGGGAUCCGCUUUUGAAUCCAUUUUUUGGGGGGGGGGCUAGUCAUAACAGACUCCGGUUUGAAAGAAACUUUAGCAUUUCCCUGUUCACUGUGAGACUUGGAUGAAGGAUCUGAUUUUGUCACUGUGAAGGUUGACGAGCGCAAUCUUGUCGCUGGUUGAUUCUGCGUCGCUUGUGUGUAUUUCUGAUAUUGGGAUGAGUCAUUUGCUGUUUUUCAUUGAUGAGCUGACUGCUUUCAUACGCAUGUGAGGUUUUGACACUCAUCCUCUUAUCAACGUGUUGACGGCUUUUCUGAUGCAGCUUUUGAACACACAACAGACCGGAUACUUGUGCUUAUCGCGUUUGUUUCAUCUGUGUUAAUAAUAAUGUAAUUUAUUGAAAUUGUAACUGUCAGUAGACACAUGCUAAGUCACUUCACUUGUCAGGUCUUAAAGGUAGGAAAAGAAUGUGUCGAUAACGUACGGUUUCAAACUACAAGCGUAUGUCAAGGGAAAAAAAACCUGGCUUUGGCAAUGAGACGAAUGUAAACUAGCGAACUCUGCCUGCAUUUGUUUAUGUUGCCUGUGCUCGCAGUGGAUAUAUCGGCACAGAUAACACACACAAAGGGAAAAUGUGGUGUUGAAAUUGUCGAUGAACAGGUUCAGCCCUGAAGGUUUUACAACCGCAUGAACCGCACAAUCUAUACAUUCUAUUUCUACGAUUCGGUGAUCCCUAUGGGUCGACCUAGAAGCUCUGUGUUUAAGGUCUUGUGACUAUUGUGUGUUUGCAAGCUUUCUCAUGUCGCUGUAGCAUUGACUCAAUUUACUGAGCAUUACUUAUCAAAGUGUUUAUGACAUACUCACACAGAUUUUAGAUGAAUGGUAUUAACAGAACUUGAUUGUAAAAAAAAAAUGAGAGCUCUGAUUUUAGCAUUCUUAAACAAUGCUUAUAUCUGGAUAUCAUCAAAAAUAUGGCCACAAAAGCAUUCAAAUGUUUUCUUUGUUCACCUUACAUUUUAUUUGCCAUAAAAUUACUCCCAUCAGAAUUUCUUGAGUCAAAAAAAGGGUUUAUUAAUCAAAUUCUUAAGAAUUGAAAUCAAUUAUAUACACAAUUGUUUUUAGAGAUGCUCAUUCAAAUUCGAAUAUAUCAAUGUAUCGUCAAAAAGUAUUUGUUAUCACAGAAUUCGGGACUUGAAACCUUUCAGUAAGGUGUGAAUGAUUCAACAUGGACUUUUUUUAGAUUGACUCGAGUGGGAGUAGAAAAAUGACACAGUUUAUCAUAGGAAGUCCAUAAGUGGCCGAUAUAGUUAAAAUGGUCUUUAUUGGUAUGAAUUCGAAUCUGCACUGAUGUUGCUGCUCUUGAGCACUCUAUUGUCUGAUAGCUCGCACAUUUGAAUUCUCACGCUUGUUAUUGCCAUGUGAAGCAUCGGACUGCCUUUCGAAGGAUGUACAGAACAACCUCUUUGAAGCAUCACUUGCAUUUUUUUUGUCCUCUCGUUUGUUGAUAUGAUGGAGCCCUGUACUGUUUACCGUGCAUUCCAUUACCAUGUAUGAGACUGUGGCCUUGUAUCGCUCAAACACAUAUACGAAAUCUAAAGUUUCAACGUCACAGUUAGUUGUAAAUGUUUUUAAAUUGUACAGCAUCUGUAUAAAUAUUUGCCUUCAUGCAGAAAAAAACUAUCAUCUGUAAAUUGUUUCAUUAUUUUUCUAAGGGAACUGACAGGAUAAAAAUAUAAAAUUGGUGAAAAUAAAUAAUCUUGCAUUCUGAUCAUGCACUGAUGAAUAAAGGUUUACUGAAUAAA